CGGGCCUUUCGAAAUGGGAAAGAAGAAAACCCCCGACGAGCUCCGGCCGGCGGACCCCGAGACGGAGGAGAAGAAGAGGCUCAGAUCCCUCGCCGUAUCCCAGCGACUCCUCCGCCACUCGCCGGCGAACCCCUCCAACCCCCUCCAACCCUCCAAAUCAGUGCUCAAGCUCGAUGGACGUGACAUUGCCAAGCGUGGCCAGCGUCGGAGCCGCUACCUCUUUUCUUUCCCUGGCCUUAUCGCUCCUCUCUCCGGUGGGAAGGUCGGCGAGCUCGCCGAUCUUGCCACUAAGAACCCUAAGCUCUACCUUGAGUUCCCUCAGGGUCGGAUGAAGCUCUUUGGUACUCAUGUUUAUCCGAAGAACAAGUAUUUGACGCUGCAGCUCACGAGGUCGUCAAAGGGAGUGGUGUGCGAGGAUUGUUUCGAGAGCAUGAUUGUGUUCUCUGAUGCAUGGUGGAUUGGGCUGAAGGAGGAAAAUCCUGAAGAGAAAAGGCUUGAAUUUCCCAUGGAAUUUAAAAUGGGGGAGCAUGCUGGUGUUGAUUUCAAAGGAGGGGCGGGUGCAUUACCUGAAGAAAUUUCUGAUGGUAACCAACCUGGAAAAGAAUACAAAGCAGUUUCUCCCAAUACUGUACUUGAAGAUGAUUCGCAGGAUGAUUCUUAUUCCUUAGCUGAAAAAAAUACUGGUAAUGCCAUGGAAACUACACCAGUUCGUCAAUCAGGAAGGACUGCAGGAAGAACACAAAAUUAUGCAGAACUAUCUUCAGGAGAUGAUUCAAUCGCUAAUGAUGAUGAAGUAACUGAAGUUAUGGAUGUAAAGAUCAUAGAUACUAAAGAAAUAACUAUCAGUCAAAUUGGUUCAAGUAAGGUGGCUGGCACAAUGAUCAAAUCAGCAGGAAAAUGUGAAGAGUCAUCUUCAUUAUUGAAAAGCAAUGUGGAUUCAAAAAAGAAGGGAACAAUGGUACAAGCAACUCUAUCUACUUUGUUUGGAAAAGUAGCGGAGAAGAAAUCAAAGCGCCAAGCAGAUGAAUCCCCUAGACCAAAAGGAAGGAAGAGGCUACGUUUGGAUCCUGAACAAAUGGCAGACCAAACUCCAGUGAGGAAAUUGAAGAAAGAGCCGUUAUCUAGGAGGAAAAAGACUGGAACUGUGACAGGGACUCUGCAGAAACACUCUCAGGAUGAUGAUAUAGAAGAUAUUUCAAGCGAAUCUCAGGAUUUAAAUGACAGCGAUGAAGACUGGGCUGCAGAAUAACAAGAAUCAGACUCCAUGUUUCAACAAAACUUGUUUGAAAACAUAUUCUGCAACUGCAGCUUCAAGAACAACCGGAAACUGUUGUAGUUAACCAGAAAGUCUGUAAAAUCUAUGGAGCAUAAAGCAAUUUCUUUGAAAGUUUAACCGCUUACUUGCCCGAUGAAAACAAUAAGAGAGUUGUUAUGUGACAUAAACAGGUGUUUUGUAUGAAAAGAAGGAAAAUAAUAGCAAAGUUGUUGACAUAAACUGGCACUGUUUCACUGCUUGAUUGAUGUACAUAAUGCAGUGUAUUAUUCAGAAAUUCCUACUGAGUACUGACCAUUCAUUUUAUUUCA